AUGGAGGCAAAGAUUAAGAAGUUGAAGAGUCAAGUUAAAGAAGAGGAAAGUGAUGAUCUUGAUAGGUUGAGCAGUCUGCCGGACAGCGUCCUGAUUUAUAUACUGUCUUUUCUCGACACAGAGACUUCCAUUAGAACAUCGGUGCUGUCCAAGCGCUACAAACUUCUAUGGACUUUGUCACAGAGUCUUGAUUUCAAGCUGCCUUUAUUUCGCUCCGAUACUUUCGAGGCGUACGAUGGCUAUGCUUUUCCUCGAGUCAGUAAUUGCCGCGCAGCAUUCGAGGCAUAUGUAAACCGUGUUUUGCAGCUCAGGGAGCACAGCAAUCUCGUAAGUUUCAGGCUUUCAUUGCACAAGGAUGUCAGCUUGGAAUUCCUUCAGAAUUGCAUCGAUUAUGCUGCCCAUCACAAGGUGCAGCAUCUCAGGGUCCGAGGUUAUGCCAAAAGGAAGCCUGUUACACUGCCAAAUAUGCUCUUGAUGUCGACUUCCUUGGUAACUUUGAGCUUGAACAAUGCUAUCAAUUAUUGCAUAGACCUGCCCAAGUCAAUUUCCUUGCCCAACUUAAAGUUGUUGCGUCUCAAGAAGUUUGAAUUCGCGGAUGGAAAUUAUAAUGGUGAAUUGUUUACAGGGUGUCCCAAACUUGAGACAUUGGUAUUGAGCAAGUGUUGUAUUAAGCCAAGGAAUGAAAUGAAAAUAUUGGAAUUGAAUUGUCUGAAUCUCAAGAGUUUAGAGAUUUGCUAUUGGAGAAGCCCUUGGAGAUGCUUUCACGAGCAUCAGAUCAAUGUGAGAGCUCCCCAGCUUAAUUACUUUUUCUACAAAGGACAUCUUGCGAGGAUGAAUUUCAAGUAUGGUUUGCUUUGUUUGGACAAAGCUUGUAUUGAUCUGUGUUACCCCACAGCAUGUAUUGCUGCAAAUGCAAUUGACAGAAAGCAAAGAACAUCUGAAGUGUUUUUUGGCAUGCUUCGUGAUAUAAACAAUGUCAAGACCCUCUCCCUAUCAUCGAAGACAAUUGAGGUUUUGUAUGCUAUUCCUGAUUUACAAGAACGAUUUCAUACAAUUUUUGAGAAUUUGAGGCUCUUAAAGUUCACUGUGGAGCACAAGUAUAGGGAGAUGACUAUGCCUAUGGGGACUGUGGCAAGAUCGUUGAAGAAGAUUGUUUCUGACAUGUUGGUAUUCCAUGGCUCGAAGGAAUUGAAACUUUCACCUGCUUGUUCCAAUGUUAACUGCAAGAGCAGAGAUCCCAGGCAUAUUACAAUACCAAAAGAUGUAAUGGAGCUUUUGCUAGAAAGCUGCCCAUCAGCCAAAUUAUUGAGCGUUGAAUUACCCAAGGAAUAACCUGUCCAAGAAUGAGGCUAAGAAAAGGCAUCAUAAAACGAGUUGUGUUAUCAAUCAAUGGUGGAUGGCAAACAAUUUAAUAAUUAAUGUUUGGCACUGUUCAUAUAGUUUUUAGUAUUGGUGCUUAGCAUUUUAGAUAUUUGUCAUUUAUUUUUACAUUCUAUUCUCAGAUCAAUGUGUGUAGUUGUAACCAUGUUCUACUUAUGCCUUAGAUUAUGUGGCUGUUAUAAUGUGGAUAUAUAAAAUACUCUUCAAAUAUCGUGUAACA